GACUGCUGAAGAUAUCUGGAGGAGGAGGAGCUGUCAAAGUUUCCCAGAGAAGGAAAAACCCGUAGCGAGAACAAACCCGAGGAUUUUGGGAACUUUUGAACAAGCGGAUUUUUGUGUCGCGUCGUGGGCAUGGAAUGACACCUUCCCUCCAGGAGCGUCAAAAACACGAUGGCAAGCCGUUUUCUCAAGUGGAUCACCUCUCUGCUCUGGCUGGGCUCCUGCGUUCUGGCGGAAAAGAAAGUAUGCCAAGGCAUCAGCAACCGGCUAAACCUCCUGGGUACUAAAGACGACCACUACGUGAACAUGGUGAAGACCUACAGUAACUGCACCGUGGUCCUGGAGAACCUGGAGGUCACCCACAUGGAGGAGCAUCGUGACCUGUCCUUCCUCCGGUCUAUUGAAGAAGUGGGUGGCUACGUCCUGAUCGCCCUCAACACAGCACCCAGGAUUUCUCUGGAGAACCUGCGCAUCGUCCGAGGCCAUACCCUCUAUGAGGGAGAGUUUGCACUUGCUGUGCUUUCCAAUUAUGAGAAAGGAACGGAUCAGGCCACCAGCGAGAUUCUUCUGACCAACCUGACAGAAAUCCUAAAAGGAGGUGUAUCGUUUGAGAACAACAAGCUAUGCAAUGUGGAAACAAUCCAGUGGUUUGAUAUCGUCAGUGCUGACAAGAAGCCCAAGAUGCUGCUCCCGGCUGCCAGCAACAACCCCCGAUGUAGAAGAUGUGACUCGAGCUGCUUCAAUGGUUCGUGUUGGGCUCCUGGUCCUCAGAACUGUCAGACGUUAACGAAGCUGAACUGUGCACAGCAGUGCUCUCAGAGAUGCAGAGGACCUUCACCAAGCGACUGCUGCUACGAGCAUUGUGCCGCAGGAUGCACAGGACCCAGACCGACCAACUGUCUGGCCUGCCGGGACUUCCAGGAUGACGGGGUGUGUAAGGACUCCUGCCCAGGCCUCAUGCGCUACGAUCCCAACCUGCACCAGCUGGUUCCCAACCCGUUUGGAAAGUACAACUUCGGGGCCACGUGUGUCAAAACCUGCCCACAUAACUACAUCGUGACCGACCAUGGCGCCUGUGUGCGGACGUGCAGCGGCAACACAUACGAAGUGGAAGAAGGCGGAGUCAGGAAAUGCGCCGCGUGCGUCGGGCUGUGUCCGAAAGCGUGCAACGGACUGGGAACAGGAGACCUGCUUCACACCUUGUCUAUCAAUGCUACGAACAUCGACUCCUUUAAAAACUGCACCAAAAUCAAUGGUAACAUCGACAUUAUCCACACAUCGAUUUAUGGGGAUACAUUCACCAAAACACCGAAGAUGGAUCCUGCCCAGCUUGAUGUGUUUAAGACAGUUAAGGAAAUUACUGGAUAUUUGUGGAUUCAGACGUGGCCAACAAAUAUGACCUCACUCAGUCCGUUUGAGAAUCUGGAGGUCAUUCGUGGAAGAACUAAACGAGGGAGCCGCAGUGUUGUCAUAACUCAGCUCGGUAUCCAGCAUCUGGGUCUCAAGUCCCUCAGAGAAAUCAGCGACGGAGACGUGGCCAUCAUCAAGAACCGGGACCUCUGCUACACCGACGUCAGCCACUGGAAGAGGUUCUUCAAGUCCAGCAGCCAAAGUGCUAUGAUAGAAGAAAAUGCUAACGCUGCCACGUGUGCUCUGACGAACAACACAUGUGACAGGAAGUGCACGGCGGACGGCUGCUGGGGUCCGGGCCCGGACAUGUGUUUUGCUUGCCGUGACUACAGCCGUGAUGGGAGCUGUGUUGACUCCUGCAACAUCCUGGAGGGUGAACCGCGGGAGGCAGUCGCGAACAAAACCUGCAUGGAGUGUCACCCCGAGUGUCAGCGCAUGAACGGGACCGCGACCUGCAGCGCGCCGGGUUCUGGAAACUGUACGAAGUGUGCCAACUUCCAAGAUGGACUGUUCUGUGUCUCCCGCUGCCCCCAAGGCGUGCCGGGGGAGGACGACAUGCUCGUAUGGAAGUACGCAGACGAGAGGAACGUGUGCCAGCUCUGCCACAAGAACUGCACUCAAGGGUGCGUCGGACCUGGCCUCGGAAGCUGCCACAUUAAAAGCUCGCUGUCUUUCAGCCCCCCUGGUCUGUCCAUGAUUGCGGCCGGUGUAGUUGGUGGGCUGCUGGCUGCUCUCGUUGCAGGCCUGUCUGUCUUUGUGCUGCUCCGCCGACGCCACAUCAAGAGGAAGAGGACCAUGCGCAGACUGCUCCAAGAGAGAGAGUUGGUGGAACCUCUCACCCCGAGCGGAGAGGCGCCAAACCAGGCUCUGCUGCGGAUCCUGAAGGAACCUGAAUUUAAGAAAAUCAAAGUGCUGGGCUCAGGAGCUUUUGGUACAGUUUACAAGGGUCUGUGGGUUCCAGAGGGAGAGGAUGUGAAGAUCCCAGUGGCCAUCAAGGUUUUGAGAGAGGCCACAUCACCAAAAGCAAACAAAGAGAUCUUGGACGAAGCCUACGUGAUGGCCAGCGUGGAACACCCCCACGUGUGCCGCCUGCUGGGCAUCUGCCUCACCUCCACGGUGCAGCUCAUCACCCAGCUGAUGCCGUACGGCUGCCUGCUGGACUAUGUCAGAGAGAACAAGGACAACAUCGGCUCCCAGCACCUGCUCAACUGGUGUGUGCAGAUCGCCAAGGGUAUGAACUACCUGGAGGAGCGCCACUUGGUGCAUCGUGACUUGGCAGCCAGGAACGUCCUGGUGAAGACUCCUCAACACGUCAAGAUCACCGACUUCGGCCUCGCCAAACUUCUCAAUGCAGACGAGAAAGAGUACCACGCGGAUGGAGGAAAGGUGCCGAUUAAAUGGAUGGCUCUGGAAUCUAUCCUGAACAGAACCUACACACACCAGAGUGACGUAUGGAGCUACGGUGUAACAGUCUGGGAGCUGAUGACAUUUGGGACCAAACCGUACGAUGGGAUUCCUGCCAGCGAAAUAGCCGGCGUCCUGGAGAAAGGAGAGCGCCUGCCUCAGCCGCCAAUCUGCACCAUAGACGUCUACAUGAUCAUGGUGAAAUGUUGGAUGAUCGAUGCGGACAGCCGGCCUCAUUUCCGAGAACUAAUAGCUGAGUUUACAAAGAUGGCUCGGGAUCCGUCCCGUUAUCUCGUCAUCCAGGGCGAUGACCGCAUGCACCUACCCAGUCCCACGGAUACUAAAUUCUACCGCAGCCUGAUCAGCGGGGAGGACAUGGAGGACGCCGUGGAUGCAGAUGAAUACCUGGUACCACAACAUGGCUUCUUCAGCAGCCCGAGCACCUCCCACACCCCGCUGCUUCACUCCACAAGCCUCAACGGCAGCAUUGGAACAUGCCACAGCAGAAAUGGCUUAAUGAACGGGUUCCCGAGCAGAGACGGCAGCAUGGUCCUGCGAUACAUCCCCGACCCCACGGACAAACUUUUGGACGAUGCCUUCCAGCCCGCUCCAGACUACAUGAACCAGAACGGAGUCUCAGACAUGGCGAACCCGAACUACCAGCACCCGGGUCCGCCUCGCACGCUCCUCCCCACCAUCUCCUCCGACGACGCCGAGACGGAGUACCUGAACUGCUUCAGGAACGGGACCAACGGACCCGAAUACCUCAACGAGGUGCCGACCCCCGCCGCCUUCACCCCCAACGGCACGGUCCACAACGUUCAGAAGUACCAGCCCCAGAACAGCAUAGACAACCCCGACUACCAACAGGAUUUCACUCCCACCUUCAAAACCCACACCAACGGACACAUACCGGCCGCGGAGAACGCAGAGUACCUGGGCCCAGACUGAGGACGGGAUGGGACAGGAGACUGUUUUAGCUCCACUGAGGAAGGCACUGGAGGCUGGAGAAGCAUUGAUAAGUGGUACCAUCCAUUAUCACACCAUCCCGUCUGAUGGAGUCCGGUGUCACAUCGGGCUGCUCCGUGCGCUGUUUGCAUGCCUUUUACAUUAAAUCAUUCCAAAGAGUUUUUUUCCUCACUACCAAACUACAGACGACUUUUUCCUCGUUGAGAGGAGGACGAACGCUGAGUCGUGUUGUGACUCAGCUGACCUUCGAGCUGCCGGACCAGUUACACUCCACCCCAGUGAUGCAACCUCUGUGAACAUCCCGUCUCCCAAAGUGGAAAAUCUUUAAAUGUUAUGCACAAAAAUACUUGAUCCAAAUGAGUCGGCGGACGAAUGCUAUUCAAAAGGAUGGAGGCGCCUCCCAGUUGUUUUUUUUUUUUUUGGAGGCAGAAGCUCUGUUGCAUAAAACAGAAACUGGCAGCUCGACCCGAAACACAACUUGAGGUACACGCGUUGUAGACUCGCUCGUCAUGAACGGCAGAACAUUUCGCUGAAGUCAGGAAGAUGCUGAUGUGUUGACUUCCUCCGAGGCCCGACGACGCUCCUCCUGAAGGAUGAGUCACGUGGAAACUAAAUCUUGCAGUGUAUAGAAUGUAUAGUCGGCGUAAAGGGGAAUACUGGUGAAUAGCUUCAUUUAGACGUGUUGCCUUUAAUGUUCUAAAACAGUUCUGUGCGCGCUGGUUCCCCCCCUGACGUGUGGUAUGUGGAGAAUGCAAACACAGCAGGCGGUCAUGUUUGCGCCGCCGUGCUUCGUAGCUCGCCACCUGCAGCACGUUUGUGACGUGAAGCGUAUUUGUGUCGACCCACAAACUUAUCUGGACUGUGAGGAGUUUAUCAGCGUGUUGGUCUGCACACACAGGAAACCGUGAGCGAUUGUUCCCCAACGCUCCUGACUGCACGCUGGGCUUAUUGGCGAAUUAACCUGACGACUAAAAACCUAAAGACAAAAGCUUUCUUCCUGUAUUUUCUAACUUUCCUGACAGACGCUGGUUGAACUGUUUUAGGCCAUUCGAGCAACCUGUUUAGACUUUGGUAGCUUUUCCCUGUGAUGUGUUUUAGAGACUAUUUUUGAAUGGCUCUGUGUCAGAAACUAAGAAUGUUUUUGAUCUUUUAAUAUCACCAGGAGACUUCUCAGUUUCUGUUUUUGUUUUUGUUUUUUAGCAGAAGCGUAGACUGUUGUUUCACAAAGGCUGUUGAAUCUGUUCGUAGCUUUAAAGUGUUUUAGUUUUGCAGGAGCAUUAACUUUGCAAAUAUUAUUCCUAGUUUUAAAGGAAUAUACUAUUGUAGCGGCCUGUGAGCCUACUUUUGCAGAUUUUACACAGGUACAUGUACAGGAAAACGGCGAUUAAGCUGCAAUAUACCCCAAAAUAUACACCUAUAAUUUAUACUCAGUACACAGUUUUGUCAUAUCAUACGUGAAUAUGCACUUAUUCCCGAAUUGUGAUUAUUUCAUUCAGAAGUGAAUAAAUCUUUUUUUUUCUAUAGAAAUACA